AUGGUACAAUUCUUUGAGAACUUACAGUACCACCAGAACUAUUAUCAGCAACAGCAACAAUAUCAACAGAAUCAACAACAACAACAACAAUUAAAUACUACACCAUUUAUAUUUAAAUAUAACGAUAAACAACAAUAUAAUAACUACAAUAACUACAACUACAAUUUAGGUAAUACUCAACAACAACAACAACAACAACAAUUUGUAUAUAGUAAUGAUAUAAAAAUGAACUAUAAUCAUCAUAAUCACAAUAAUGAUGCAAUGAAUAUAAGCGAUAAUAAUAGUAAUAGUAAUAAGAUUCAACAACAACAACAACAUAAUUUAUUUAAUCAACAACUUGAACAAGAACAUAAUAGUUUACUUGUAAAGAAAAGAAAGAAUGAUACACCUCUAACAACACCAACAUCAACAUCAACACCAACAACAACAACAACAAUCAUAGAUAGUAGUAGUAGUAGUAGUAGUAAUAAUCCAUUUGAUCAUAUAGUAAUAGGACAAUCACAACAACAAUCAUUCCCUUCUAGUCAUUUAUUAUAUCAACAACCUAUUCAAUCCAUUAUAACACUAUCAACUACAACAUCACCAACUUUUAAUAAUAAUAAUAAUAAUUUAUAUUCAUCACCUCUUUUAAAAUCUAUCAUUGAUAAACCAACAAACUUGACUGUUUCUACACCAACCAAACGAUUACAAUAUCAAUCAAAAGAUGGACAAGUUACAAAAUAUUCUACUACUGACAUUACACCAACCGUACAAGAAAAGACAUAUGGAGAGAGAUUAAAGGAAUCACUCGUAUCUACGAGUGGAUGGAGAGAUGUAUUGCAAGGAGAGUUUGAACAACCCUAUUUCAAACGUUUGAUUGAGUUUCUCGAAAAGGAAGAUGACACUGGCAUGUUGAUGUGUCCCAAACUCGACCAAGUGUUUCGUGCAUUCAAUAUCACCCCCUUUCAACAGGUCAAGGUGGUUAUUGUCGGAUCGGACCCCUACCAUGGCACUGACCAGGCCAACGGCCUUGCAUUCUCUUUUGGACAACCCGAUCUAACGCUACAGGAAAUGGCAUCGCUUCCAUCGACAAAACAUCUUCCUGCACAAUUGAUCAAUAUCUACAAGGAGCUGCAAAGUGAUUUGGGUGGUAUCGUCUUUAUGCUCUGGGGUAAACAAGCUCAAUCCAAACAAUCACUCAUCAAAGAAGACAACCAUCACAGUAUUCUCACCUCAUCACACCCCUUUUCAUUCACAUCCUCUUCUACCACUAAUAAUAAUAAUAGUAGUGGUAGUAAUAGUAGUUUCUUUGGUUGUAAACAUUUCAGUAAAGCAAACUCUAUCAUUCAACAACAACAACAACAACAACAGAAUCAACAGAAUCAAAAGAAUCAACAACCAAUCGAUUGGAAUCUUGAUCAAUCGGAUAUAAUGAUUGAUCAAAACCACCAAAAUAUGAUUUCAAGUCAUCACCUCCAUCAUCACCACCACUAUCAUCACAGUAAUAAUAAUAACCAUACCGAUAAAGACUCUAAAAACUGCAAUGAUGAUAACAAAGAGAAUAAGGAUAAUAACAAAGAAUAA